AUGAUAGCCGAUAUAAGAUUAAAGAAAUAUAAAUGUUUUGUUACAGGUACUGAAGUUAAAUGUCCAGUGGGAGAAACUUCGGACAAUGGAGGGUUUACACCAGGAUGUGAAUUUGACCCUUGUCAUAACAGCAACUACGAGGUACUUAUUGGAGAAUUGAAAAGGUCUUCAAACUAUACACUGCAGUCCGAUGAUGUGGCAAUAGAGGACAGCCGAAUAACAUCGGGAUGGUAUAGAAUUGAUAGUGCAACCGGAAAUGAUAUAGUCAAUGAGAGCGUGUCUAUGAUGCAGUGUGGUACUUUAUAUCCAUUGUGGAUGGACGGAAAUAUACCGGAUGUUUCUGAUAUGACGGUCGACAGAAAAGUUUGUAGAUCAGGAAUAUCCAGUAUUUGUGACCAGAUGGUUGACAUAAAAGUUCGAAAUUGUGGUAGCUAUAGAACCUAUCAUUUAACACAGCUGGAUGUUGACAAAUCAGCAUAUUGCUUUGGUACUCUACCCGUCCCUGAUACUACAAUUACAACCACAGGACAUCCUCCAGGAAAACCUCGACCAAAAGAAGGUAUGUUCCAUAUACCAAUUCUAAUUUAUCAUGGUAUGUACGUUAAUGCCAUGUGA